AUGGAUAAGAGAUUGAAAACUCAUCCCAACCAGUGGGCUGCCUUCUUGGACUUCGCCGAAAAAAAUCCAGUUGUAGUAACUAGGAAAAUAGAAGGACCUUUUGGAAAAGAAAAGUAUGAACGGUUGUGGGAUGAACUAACUAAUAUCUUGAAUAGCUUGGGAUACCUACAAAAACCUAAAGAUAAAUGGCAAAAAGCAGUCGCAGAUUGGAGGAGUAAAACCCGUGCGAAGGCUGCUGAUAUUAAGAUCCAAUUGACAAAAACAGGAGGUGGUGGACAAGAGAGGCAAUUAACUGAACAUGAAAAAAGAUUAAUUGGAAUUAUUGGAUGGACUUCCAUUAGGGGAGAUGGGACAACAGAAUUAGGAACUCACUAG